CAUUUUUCAGUUUCGUUUCGGUUGUUUCGUUGACUUUUUCUUAUUUACAUUUUUUAAAAAUCUAAAAUUGCUAGGUUAAACAUAAUACAGUUCAGUUAUUCUAUUUACAAUGUGCCAAUGCGCACUAAAAGCAUAAAAUUUCAGUGAAAUAAGUGUUAGAAAGAUUUUCUUCCGAAGCACCAAGUGGUGAACUGACGGCAAAAUAUGACCGGACUACGCCAACGGUGGUGCCUUAAUUCAUUGCUGUUAUUUAAAGUGUUGUGCAUUUUAAUAACGAGAGCAGUCGCUCAACAAGAUUUCUAUCAACAGAAUCAAUACUCGACACCAUCUACAGUGAACUAUGAUGGGUACAACAACAACAACAAUAAUAAUAACAACAACAAUAAUCCCUACAAUAAUAACGAUCCGUUUAAUCAAAAUGUUAACCUAAAUAAUAUAAACGAUCGUACGCGCUACCGUACUGAUAACAAUAACUUGAAUGACUUGGAUCAGGAUUUUGGCAAACGUCCCGGAUCAUCGUUCGUUGACGAAGAGCCAUCUUUGAAUCGUGGAAAAUCGUCGUAUAAUGUGAAAACAACAUUUCUGGAAGCGUAUCAUGCCAAAGAACCCACAUACUUUAUAGUUGCAUCACGCAUGGUGCGGCCUGGUCUCAUUUAUCAGGUUGCUGUCAAUAUACUGCAGGCUCAGUAUCCGACCACCGUACAUGCCAGUAUCUCUUGUGAUGGGGUACAAAUAAGUGGUGAAUCGAAAGAAGUCAAAGAAGGUGUUCCAGAAACAUUGCUUAUGCGUGUGCCUCCCACUAGUGUCGGUGGUGAAUAUAAGUUGCGCGUUGAAGGCUUUUACAAUAAUGUUUUCGGCGGUUUAGCAUUCCUCAAUGAGACACGCUUGACCUUUUCGCAACGUUCAAUGACCAUCUUUAUACAAACGGACAAACCUUUGUAUAUGCAAGGCGAAACUGUACGUUUUCGGACUGUGCCCAUUACAACUGAGUUGAAAGGGUUCGAUAAUGCCAUUGAUGUCUAUAUGCUGGAUCCGAAUCGUCACAUCGUUCGUCGUUGGUUGUCCAGACAGUCCAAUUUAGGCUCCGUCUCUUUGGAAUACAAACUUUCUGAUCAACCCACCUAUGGUGAAUGGACAAUACGAGUCAUAGCACAGGGACAGACAGAAGAAAGUCAUUUCUCAGUGGAGGAGUACUAUCAAACACGCUUCGAAGUUAAUGUCACAAUGCCAGCUUACUUUUUCAACACUGAUCCCUUCAUAUAUGGCACUAUUAUGGCCAACUUUACAAGUGGAGCACCCGUUAAGGGAAAUCUCACUCUAAAGGCAAGAAUUAAGCCGAUUGGAUACUACAGCAAUCAAAUACUCAAUGAGAAAUUCCGCUUAGGCAGAUCACCAUUGGAGUUGGCGGCUAGCCUAGAGUACGAACAACGUCGACGCUACGAUCCGAAUUUUAAUCCCAACUAUAAUCCCAAUUACAACCAGAAUUAUAAUCCCAACAUUAAUCCCAAUAUUAAUCCCAAUAUAAAUCCCGAGUUGCAAGGACAAUUGCCUCAGGAUCAACAGUAUAAUAUCAAUCAAUACGAACGGGAUCAGCUCUACCAAUUCGAUGAGGAGUGGCCAUUUUGGGUUAAAAAACCGGAUGUCGCCGAAACUUUUGACCCUUGGACAGGCGAAUAUAGGAAAACUUUACCAUACUUGAAAUAUUUCAAUGGUACUUUCAACUUUAAGUGGCCAAUGCGCGAUUUAUUGAACUUUAUUCCCAACUUGUCUGAUGUUGAGGUUCUGAUUACUGCGACCGUAGGGGAAAAAUUCUACGAUGAAAUAAUUGCUGGCUAUUCUAUUGCUAGAAUUUAUAAUUCCAGCAUGCGCGUAAAUUUCUUGGGAGAAAGUCCACAAGUAUUCAAACCUGCUAUGCCGUUCACCACAUACUUGGCUGUGGAAUACCAUGACGGUUCCCCCAUAGACGAAAAUAUGCUGCGUCAAGGCACGAUGGAAGUUUCGGGUUUUGUAGAGAGUAAAUCUGGCGGAAGACGCGACUGGCCUUUGCAACGCCUCAAGAUGAUGACACAGUCGCCGGGUGUAUGGGAGGUGAAAAUCGAUUUACGCCAUGACUUGCAAUUGGACGAGCGCCCGCAAUCAAGAGACUUCCUCAACGGCGUUUCCCAAAUGCGUUUGCAGGCGCAUUUCAUAGACCCAAAAGGUGAGCGGCCACAAGCAGAACUGCUUCUGGUUUCUCACUACUCGCCUCGCAAUCAGCACAUUAAAGUGACAACCAGUACAGAGGCACCAGUUGUAGGCGAAUAUAUCAUUUUCCACAUUAGAACAAACUUCUUCCUGGAGGACUUUAACUAUUUAAUAAUGUCGAAAGGAGUAAUAUUGAUGAACGAUCGUGAAACGAUACGCGAGGGCAUCAAGACUAUAGCCGUUGUGCUUAGUGCCGAAAUGGCCCCAGUUGCCACCAUAGUUGUUUGGAAAAUCACACCGCAGGGGCAAAUCGUUGCUGACUCUCUAACCUUCCCCGUUAAUGGAAUAUCAAGGAACAAUUUCACCGUUUACAUCAAUAAUCGCAAAGCUAGAACGGGAGAAAAGGUUGAAGUUGCUAUAUUCGGUGAGCCGGGUUCCUAUGUGGGUUUAUCUGGCAUUGACUCGGCAUUCUACACAAUGCAAGCUGGAAAUGAGUUGACAUAUGCCAAAAUCAUCACAAAAAUGUCCACAUUUGAUGAGCAGACGAAUGGUACCUAUAAACACAUCUGGCAUUCACAUGCUGGCAACCCCGAUGAGUUGGUCUACUUCCCAGCCUCGUCUUUCGGCAUUGAUGCAAAUCGUACGUUUGAGUACAGCGGCUUGGUUGUAUUCACAGAUGGGCAAGUGCCCCGCAGAUAUGACAAUUGCAAUUUUACUCUAGGCUACGGUGAAUGUUUGUCGGGACGUUGCUAUCGUUUGGAAAAGAAAUGUGAUGGUCUAUUUGAUUGCGAUGAUGGCACGGACGAAAUUGGAUGCCGCGUGCGAAAUGACACGGAAUUAGAGAAUUAUCGCAAAUAUCGUUUUAAUCGUGUAUUGCGGCACUAUGAGAAUGUUUGGCUAUGGCGCGAUGUAAACAUCGGGCCUCAUGGUCGCUAUAUCUUCAAUAUUGAGGUACCAGAUAGGCCAGCCUAUUGGAUGGUAAGUGCCUUCAGCGUUAGCCCUUCCAAAGGGUUUGGCAUAUCAAAACAACCCAUCGAGUACGUGGGUGUUCAACCGUUCUUCAUCAACGUUGAAAUGCCUACCGACUGUCGUCAGGGAGAACAAAUCGGCAUUCGAGUAACGGUCUUCAACUAUAUGACUACACCCAUUGAAGCCAACGUGGUUCUACAUGAUAGUCCAGACUAUAAAUUUGUGCAUGUGGAAGAAAACGGUAUUGUGCGUUCCUACAAUCCUCGCACAUCGUUUGGCGAGCACGAGUUCUUCAUUUACUUGGACGCCCAGGGAACAUCGAUCGUGUACGUACCCAUUGUGCCGCAACGACUGGGCGAUAUUGACGUAACCUUACAUGUGGCAACUCUUCUCGGCACUGAUGAGAUAACACGAAAGCUUCAUGUGGAAUCCGAUGGUUUGCCUCAGUAUCGUCAUCAGUCGAUUCUGUUGGAUCUUUCAAACCGCGCCUAUGUAUUCGAAUACAUGCAUGUCAAUGUUACCCAAACGCCAGAGAUUCCAUACCAAGCUGAUCGUUACUUUGUCUAUGGCUCAAAUAAGGCUCGUAUAUCAGUUGUUGGUGAUGUGGUGGGGCCAAUAUUUCCCACGAUGCCUGUAAACGCCACAUCACUCUUGUACUUACCCAUGGAAUCUGCGGAACAGAAUGCCUUCUCGUUUGCAGCCAAUAUGUACACCCUUCUCUAUAUGCGUCUUAUCAAUCAGAGAAACAAGACGCUGGAAAAGAAUGCUUUCUACCACAUGAAUAUCGGUUAUCAGCGGCAAUUGAGUUACAUGAAGCCGGAUGGUUCAUUUUCGCUAUUCCGCUCCGAUUGGAAUAAUUCCGCUUCUUCUGUGUGGCUUACUGCCUACUGUGUGCGUAUUUUCCAAGAAGCCUCCUUCUAUGAAUGGGAAAACUUCAUUUACAUCGAUUCUUCCAUAAUUGAGAAGAACAUCAGAUGGCUUCUACAGCACCAAACGUCUGAGGGUGCUUUUUAUGAAACAACCUGGUUGCCAGAUCGUAAAAUGAAUAGAACAAAUUUUGCAAACAACACCGCCUUGCACAACCGUAACAUAACACUGACUUCUCAUGUCCUCAUAACACUGGCCACCGUCAAAGAUUUGUCGGGUUCGUUGGGAGCCCGAGUAUCCCUAUCGCAACAAAGGGCCAUAUCUUGGAUAGAACGAAACAUGCAAUUCCUGCAGGACACACCUGAGCCAUACGAUGUCGCUAUUACCGCCUAUGCUCUUUUGUUGAGUAAAUCUCCUAUGGCCGAACACGUUUUUAGCAUUCUCCACCGGCAUGCACGCACCGUAGGCGAUUUUAUGUAUUGGGGUAACAAGGAAUUGCCGCCACCGCCAAAGAAACUAGAAAAUCAAAAAUGGUUCUCCUUGCCACGUCUGCCAUACGAAUACGAUUCGCUUAAUAUUGAAACUACAGCCUACGCCUUGUUGGUGUAUGUGUCUCGACGAGAAUUCAUAAUAGAUCCCAUAGCUCGUUGGCUGAAUGCCCAACGUUUGAACGACGGUGGUUGGGCAUCGACACAGGAUACUAGUGCUGCCUUACGUGCCCUGGUUGAAUACACCGUACACUCGCGUAUUCGCGAAGUGUCUUCGUUGACAGUAGAAAUUGAAGCCUCUUCACAGGGUGGUAAAACUCAGACGCUACACAUUGAUGAUAAGAAUCUGGCUCAAUUGCAAUCCAUAGAGAUUCCCGAUGCUUGGGGUACCGUUAAGGUGCAAGCCAAGGGCGCCGGUUUCGCAAUUCUACAAAUGCACGUGCAGUACAAUGUUGAUGUAGAGAAAUUCCAAACAAAACCGCCUGUACCUGCAUUCAGUUUGGAGAAAAGUGUCAGAUUGUUCGGUAGAAAUCAGUCGCACAUUGAAUAUGUGGUCUGUCAAAACUGGAUACAUCGUCAAGAAUCAGAACGUUCUGGUAUGGCUGUUUUGGAUGUUACCAUACCAACUGGCUAUUGGAUACAACAACAGAAAUUGGAUACUUACGUUCUAAGCAAUAGAGUUAGAAAUUUACGACGAGCCAAAUACCAAAAUUCAAAAGUGAUUUUCUAUUUCGAUUAUCUGGAUCACGAGGAUGUUUGUGUAAAUUUCACCAUUGAACGUUGGUUCCCUGUGGCCAACAUGUCUAGAUAUUUACCCAUACGAGUCUACGAUUAUUAUGCACCAGAGCGCUUUAAUGAAACCAUAUUUGAUGCCUUACCCACUUACCUCUUGAAUAUCUGUGAAGUUUGUGGCAGCUCACAGUGUCCGUACUGUUCCAUAUACAAUAUGGGCUGGCGCGCUUCGAUGUCGGUCUCUUUAGUAAUAUUUAGCGUUUUCGUUUACUUAAUGCGCAGCCGUACGCACGUCCUUCUCAAUGUACUCCACCUAAUGUCAGUCUAGCCAGACCUAGCACACACACACACACAAUCCAAGAUGUAGCAAAUGCAGUGUAUUAUUAGGUUUUUUUAUUAUUACUAUUAUUAUGUAUGUGUAAGAGAAAAAGUCAACAACCACGAUUAAAUAGUGUGAGAUGCAAUUGAAAUUUUCAAAGAAUUCCCACCCUAACUUGAAUAAUACGAAUGAAAUUGAAACGAAACACUUUUAAAUUGAAACUAUAUCCGUCCAUAUUGGUUGCUUGUAAAGAAACCCCUCCAAACAUUUUAUUGUAGUUUAAUUUUUAAGUUUUACAAGAAACUCCAAUCUCAAGUGUACAAACGAACAUGUAUCAGCAACAACCAACAAAGAUUUUUACUUAAGUCGUCUAGUGAAAGAAUCCGAGCAUUUUAUAUAAGUAUGACCAACGGAAAAUCUCUCCCUUUAAAAGCUUUACAACAAA